AGUUUAGGGGCCUAUCAAUGGGAUGCCUGUGCUGCCGGUCUGUGCCAACAUGGCGAUUCGAGACGGAGCCAUGGGGCUUGGGCGCUACUGGGUUUGGUUGCUAGCGACGCUUCAGGCGAUAUCUGCUUAUGGAGCAGAAUUAUCAUCAGAGGCAUGCAGAGAUCUUGGCUUUUCCAGUAACUUGUUGUGCAGUUCUUGUGACCUUCUUGGUCAGUUUGGCUUGAGUCAGUUGGAUCCAUUCUGCAGAAAGUGCUGCCAAGAAGAAGUUCAAUCUGAAACUAGAAAGCUCUAUGCAGGAGCAAUCCUUGAAGUGUGUGGAUGAAAAUUGGGGAGGUUCCCUCAGGUCCAGGCUUUUGUCAAGAGUGACAAGCCCAAACUGUUCAGGGGACUGCAGAUUAAGUAUGUGCGUGGCUCUGACCCUACACUGAAGCUCUUGGAUGACAGCGGGAACAUUGCUGAAGAACUGAGCAUCCUCAAAUGGAAUACAGACAGCGUAGAAGAAUUCUUAAAUGAGAAGCUGGAGCGUCUCUAGAUAUUUCCCCCUUUUAAAAAGAAUUGAAAUCUUGAUUUCUCACGUUACUUUUCAUCAUCAUAAUCGUCUCAAAGUGUGAUAAAUGCUGGAAAUCGUUCCAGCUUCUCCAUCAAUUUAAAAGCUAUCCCAUAUUAUGUGGAUAUUAAUUAUAAGAAAUUUCAAGCAAAACACAGUUUAUGAAUUGGUAGACUGAACAAAUGGCUGUCAGGUAUAUUUCAAUUCACCUUUGUAGAUGGAGAUCUUUAAUGGUAGACUUUGAUACAAAUCUGAUACAAAUACUGAAAAUUGUUACAAUUUGGUUAUUUUCCUUAAAAGGGAGCCAGUUUGUCAGCUCCCAGUACAUAGUGAGAUGAAUGUUCCGUGCUUGCAUAUAAGUGUGCACAUUAGUUAUGCUGCCACUCAGUAUACAGUGAUGGAACACAUUGGUACCAAAUAAGAUAUAUUCCAUUUCCCCCAAAAAAUACUUGCUAGCUUCCUUUGCAUUUUGUAUUUCCCAACUAUCCUUUUUUUAGAACUGAGAAUAUUCAUAAUGGAUCCUUGCUUUUUAAAAAAUAAGGUUUGUGGCUUUGGGGGGAUUCAUGCUGUUGAAUGGCUGGAGAAUACUGGGAAAUUGCACUUAAUGAUGACUACGUAGAAAGCCUUAAACAAAGGCAUAUGUAUGUCUGAUGUCAGGUGUACUUUCACUAAAUUAUUUUAUCAUCUUCAGCAGACAUGAAUUCAGUGAAGAGGAAAAUGAUUUGAGAGGGCAAUAAAUUACUUCACAAA